AUGUCGACAGCAACAACGAAAGCAUUAUCGCUUCUCGUUCUUCUGUUCUUUGUGUCCCUCGUCCACGCAACAGAUCCAUGUCUGAUCAACUCCAUCUACCAAUUCGGAGACUCCAUAGCCGACACCGGGAACCUAAUCCGCAACGGUCCUACCGGAGCUUCAACUCCCGCUCCUCAACCCAUACCUCAACGUAAACACCACGCAACCGUCUUCUUCAGUAACGGAGUUAACUUCGCCGUCGCCGGAAGCACCGCCUUAAACAGCUCUUUCUUCACCUCAAGAAACCUCCACGUACCGGCAACGAACACUCCUCUCUCAACUCAGCUCUCUUGGUUCAAGUCUCAUCUACGUUCCACGUGUCACAGCCCAUCUUGUUUGAAGCAGUCUCUCAUCAUGAUGGGUGAGAUAGGAGGAAACGACUACAACUACGGUUUCUUCCAAGGCAAGUCAACGGAAGAGAUCAGAAGCUACAUACCUCACGUGGUCGGAGCCAUCGCAGCCGCGGCUAGAGAAGUGAUCCGAGCCGGUGCGGUUAACGUGGUCGUACCGGGAAACUUCCCCAUCGGAUGUUUCCCGAUUUACUUGACGUCUUUCCCUGUGAACGAUCCAAAAGCUUACGACGACAAGGGAUGCUUGAUUCGUCUUAACGAGUUCGCCGUGGAUCACAACAACCAACUCCAAGAAGCUAUAUCUUCUUUGCAAAAGGAGUUUCCUGGUGUGGUUAUCGUCUACGGAGAUUACUACAACGCGUUUCAGUAUGUUCUGCGCGGUUCUGUGGGAUUCGACAAGAGUGUAGCUUUGAAGUCGUGUUGUGGUGUCGGUGGAGGUUAUAACUACGAUGGAAUGAGACAGUGCGGAGCUGUGGGAGUGCCGGUUUGUCAGAAUCCAGACAAGUUUAUAAGCUGGGACGGAGUGCAUUUGACUCAGAAGGCGUAUAGAUUCAUGUCUAAGUUCUUGAACUACAAGAUUCUUCCACAGUUAAAGUGUGGUGGAGCUUAA